GGAGGGGAAAAAAAGCGUUCCUUCCUCCUUUCCGGCCGCGGCAGGUCCUCGCGGGAUUUCGAUGGGGCUGCGGGUUCGGGCCCUGGCGUGGGGGCGUGGCGACGAGGCGCUCUUGAUCCGGAACUCAUCGUGAGGGAGCGCAGGAAGAGGUCGCGUGCGCGGCUGAGGCGUGCGUGUUCGCUGCCCAGAAGCCAGGAGCGGGGCGGUGAGGGACAAGAGGGUUUACGUUGGCAAGAAGCUGGAAUCAGGAGCAGAGCCAGGUGUAAAGCCCAGAUGCUCUCCAAAUCCUUGAUUAUGGAAUAUCUGGCUCAUCCUAGUGCACUCAGCUUGGCUGCUGGAGUUGCUUGUGGUAUGUGCCUGGGCUGGGGCCUCCGAGUACGCUUUGGGAUGCUCCCCAAAAGACUGACAAAUGAAGCAGACACAGAGAGUGACACUGAAGAGACCACCUUGGGAGAGAGUGAGGAGUACAAAAUGGUUCUUGUGGUUCGAAAUGACUUGAAAAUGGGAAGAGGAAAAGUUGCUGCCCAGUGUUCCCAUGCAGCAGUGUCUGCCUACAAGCAGAUUCAAAGGAGAAACCCUGAGGUGCUCAAACAGUGGGAAUACUGUGGCCAAACCAAAGUGGUGGUCAAAGCCCCUGACGAAGAAACCCUGAUUGAAUUAUUAACCCAUGCAAAAAUGCUAGGACUCACUGUCAGUUUAAUCCAAGAUGCUGGGCGUACACAGAUUGAACCGGGCUCACGAACUGUCCUGGGAAUUGGGCCAGGACCAGCAGAUCUAAUUGACAAAGUUACUGGCCACCUAAAACUUUACUAGGUGAACUACCAAGGUGACUUCCCCGAGCAAGUGCUUGAAGUGUGUGGAAUUCUAAUAGAAUCAAUUUCUUCCCAGUUAUUUUUGAGGUGAAAAUAAAAGGCAUUCCUUUGUUCCUGUAUCAUGUGAUUGUCUGGUAGCUGUUAUCUUGGACGUGGUUAAAUGGAUUUGGUGGUUCAAGCAGUGGUUAAUAAUAAUAGGUGAUGAAAUCAACACUUUAGGUGAGAGCAGCCACUCAUGAAAAAACGAGGUUGAAAAGGGUAAUCUGUGCUAGGAUCAGGUCUGUGUGUUGCUGCUUCCCUGACUCCUGUCAUCUAUCUGCCUUGGGAGUUCAAGAGCAGUGUCAUGGAUUCAAGUUGCACUUUGUUUCCCUUUAAUUAGAUGGGCUGCCACCCUGA